AGCCAUAUCUACUCGUAUGAAUAGGUAUUCAUGAUAAUGAUGACGCGGAGACGCGAAAUAUCCGCCCGCUUCAAUGUUUAAAGAAACAUCAAAUUGAACGGACAUUAAGUACCUACGCUUUAUAAAGAAGUGCGGAGAUAUCCAAACUACACAUUUGUUAUGGGUAUUUUUUGUCAAAUAAGUUUAUGUAAACCAGCGGAUGAUGACGGGAAACACACGUACCAACCUGGAAGCAUCGUGUCCGGAGGAAUUAGAUACGCCAUCGAUGAAGAAUACAACUUUAGAUCGAUAACUGUAUCGUUAAAGGGUCGUGGACAUCUUUACCUAGAAGACUUAACGAAGAAAAGAAGACGACGCAUGUACACAUACACUAACGACGAAAUAUACGUGCACUUAGACGAAGUUGUAUACACUUUCGAGAGGGACCCUCACCCAGUAGGACAAUUCAAUACUCGGUUCAGUUUUCAGCUGCCGCAAAAUAUUCCAGGUUCAAUAGACUACUAUAAGGAAACAGUGAAGUACCUUGCGAAGUGCUAUGCCAAAUAUGUUGUAUCUAUUAAAUUUGAGAUGCUAAAUUUUCUCAGACCGGACAAGCAGUACGAAAAGGAGAUACACGUGAUCUCCGUUCAGACUCCACGUCUUACAAUGAAGCCUUUGGUGUACGGCGACCAGAAAAGCUUACUUCAAAUCAACCCUUUGUGCCUGGGCAAAAAAGACAUUGUCAACUUAAAGGCCGUUAUGACUAACUCGGUUCUCAGACCCAGUGAGUGUGUGAAAGUGGAAUAUGAGAUCGCUAAUCAUACGAAUAAACAAAUCAAAGGCAUUAAAGUGAAAUUAUCUGAAGUCGACCAAUAUACUUCAAUGGGAGGCAGCGUUUUCAAAAAUUAUACCGACGUAGAGGGUGCUGAGUACAAAUAUGAGAGUAUACCAGGGGGUGAAACAGCGAAAUUUACUGCCGAAAUCGCAGUUCCUCAACAUUGUGCUUCUAUUGAUCAUUGUAAAUUUUUAUCCCGCGAUUAUGCUGUAAUGACUGUUGUUAGAUUACCGGGCUUGCAUGUAAAUAUGCCAUUAGAAAUCCCUUUUCAAGUAAUAAAAACUCUGUCAAGCAGCGAAGAGGAAAACUAUUGCGUUUCUGCCUGUGUUCGUUGUACUUUUAUGAAUGAAGAAAUAAACUCGCUCAGGGAUGAUCCACCGAACUAUUGGGAAGUGAUGGCCGAGGGCCUCAAUGAUUGUUAUAAAAGAAAAAGAUCUAAAGGAGAUGUAAUACUUUAGCAAGGAAAAUUUUAAAAGAAUGAAAUCUAGAGUUAUGGAAUAUGCCAGAUAAAAUACGAAUAGAAAGUGACAUGUCAAAUGAAAUGCACUGGGAAUUAAGCACGCAAGUAGCUUAAAGUAAUUUCCAAAAUGUGAUAGAGUACUUGGCCAAAAACAAAGUAUUCACACAUUUUGACAUUAAUCGAGUAACCGAACGCAUCCCUACAUAAAAUAGUUAUCCUGAACGCGAUCUCUGUUAACUGUCAAAUUCACG